GGUGAACCCCACAGUCACCAACGGUCCGCUCCGACACUCAAACUUGUGAUCCGGACCAGAGCUGUGAAAGAAACAUCCUGCAGAAAGAGUUACCAGAUUUGCAUCACUCUGACAUCUCACACCAGGACUCUUGCCAACUGUAUGUGCUGAAGAUCUGGAUCUUGGACGUUGCCCUCUCAACAUGAACAGCCAACUUUGUGGUACAAAAGGGUUAAUUGGGCCAAACCAUCGAUGCAGGUCCUGGAAGAGUACAACGUCCUUGGUUGUGCUGACCUCAGUCAGAACGGACCCUCUGCUUCCUACAGCAGACUAAUGACCGACAAGUGGUUCCUCAGCAGAUGCAGAUCCACAUGCAGAUCAGGUCCUGCCUCCCUGAUCUGCAGCAGAACGACACAAAUGAAAUUAACAGUGAUGCAGAGCUGCACAUUCAUCGGCUUCCAGGACAUCUGAAUAACAAAACCCUGCUUUAGUAUAAAAGGUGCCUGGCACCCGCAGAUUGUUGGACAGAUUCCCAAAAACUCAGAACAUCCAACAUGGGCAAAAUCAUCUUCUACGAGGACAGGAACUUCCAGGGUCGCUCCUAUGAGUGCAUGAGUGACUGCCCUAACAUGUCCUCCUACCUGAGCAGGUGUCACUCCUGCAGGGUGGAGAGCGGUUGCUUCGUGGUCUACGACCGUCCCAACUACAUGGGGAACCAGUACUUCAUGAGGAGGGGCGAGUACGCUGACCACACGUCUUUUGGCAUCAGCGGUUCUGUUCAGUCCUGCCGCUUAGUUCCUCAGCACCGAGGCUCUUACCGGAUGAAGAUUUUCGAGCGGGAGAACUUCCAGGGUCAGAGCCAUGAACUGGUGGACGACUGCGAUAGCAUCGUGGAUCGGUACCAAAUCUCUGACUGCCAGUCCUGCCACAUCAUUGAUGGGCACUGGCUGAUGUUCGAGCAGCCCCACCACAGAGGCAGGAUGCUGUACCUGAGUCCCGGGGAGUACCGGAGCAUCAAGGACUUGGGCUACCGCGGAAUGAGGAUCAGCUCGGUCCGGCGAAUCGUGGAUUCCUGCUGAAACUGACCAAUAAAGUGAAAGGCAGAUCAGA